CGUCAGGCCGGGCGCAGAUUUUGAUCAUUCUUUUCUCUGAAGUGCGGCCGGUCUACAAUCACAGCAUGACAAGCUACACAGAUAAAGGGGAGAAGCAUGCAAGAGGAAAGUUUCUCAAGUUUCAUCACAUCACCUUCUGGGUCGGCAAUGCAAAACAGGCAGCCUCGUACUACUGUGAUAAGAUGGGGUUCGAGGCUUUGGCCUAUAAGGGUUUGGAGACGGGCAGCAGAGAGGUGGUGUCUCAUGUCAUCAGGCAGGAUAAGAUAAUAUUUGAGUUUCAAUCUCCACUUAAUCCUGGAAAUGAAGAGAUGGGAGGACACUUGAUGAAGCACGGAGACGGAGCCAAAGACAUCGCUUUUCAAGUGGAGGACUGUGACUUCUUAGUCAAGACAGCUAAAGAGCGAGGAGCUGGAGUCAUCAAGGAGCCCUGGGUGGAGCAGGACAGCCAUGGGAGGGUCAAGUACGCUGUCAUUCAAACGUAUGGAGAUACAACACACACACUCGUUGAGUACCUCACUCCCUACAAAGGCCCGUUCCUGCCAGGAUACAAACAGCCCCUGUUUAGAGAUCCUCUGUUAGCCAAACUUCCAGUAGCAGGUUUGAACUUCAUCGAUCACAUAGUGGGAAACCAGCCAGACGACCAAAUGGUGCCAAUAUCAGACUGGUAUCAGAACUGUUUGUUGUUCCAUCGGUUCUGGUCAAUAGAUGACAAGCAGAUCCACACGCAGUACAGUUCACUGAGGUCCAUAGUGGUGACCAACCAUGAAGAGACCAUCAAGAUGCCCAUCAAUGAACCUGCAGUCGGGAAAAGAAUUUCACAAAUCCAGGAAUAUGUGGACUACAACGGGGGAGCAGGUGUUCAGCACAUCGCCCUCAACACAACAGACAUAAUCCAAGCUGUUGUGAACCUGCGCGCCCGAGGGAUGGAAUUCCUCUCAGCACCUGACACGUACUACGUCAGCCUGCGGGCCAACCUCAAAAACGCCAAGAUUAAAGUGAAGGAGGAUCUCGAUCGUUUACAGGAAUUGAAAAUCUUAGUUGAUUUUGAUGACAAGGGCUACCUCCUUCAAAUCUUCACCAAACCUGUGCAGGACAGACCAACCCUGUUCCUGGAGGUCAUUCAGCGUCACAACCACUUUGGCUUUGGGGCAGGAAACUUCAAGUCUCUCUUUGAGGCCAUUGAGAAGGACCAAGAUGCCAGGGGCAACCUUAUCGCACUGACACCCGAAGGGAAGGCCAAAGCCUUCUACUGAUCCUCCGACUGCUGCUGCCAAACCACACUUUGACUGUUAAAUAGAGGCAAUCAACAACAGUAUAUCAAACACGUUGAAUAUCUUUAAGUGACAAGGUGAAAGUGCUAUCAUAUAGGCUUCAAGUUAUCUGUAAAGUGUAUGCUGUAUGACUCAAUAAAGAAACUGUUCAUGCA